GUUGCUCACAAGACGCUGAUUGCAUCUUCCGCUCUUGGUCAAAUAGAAGUCUGUAUAAGUAGAUUUAUUUCAAACACAAAGACUAUCCACAUCUUUCCGAAUAACCUCUUUACUAAUGAAGAAUGGCGGGUAGUUUUGGGAAGAUCAUCGUUGGUGUGUAUGUUGAAAUAAAAAGAAGCGAUGGACGAAUACACCAAGCAAUGGUGACGUCGCUGAAUGAAGACAACGAGAGUGUCACCGUGGAGUGGAUAGAAAAUGGAGACACCAAAGGGAAAGAGAUUGACUUGGAGAGUAUAUUUGCACUAAACCCAGACGUUGCCCCAGAAGAGAACUUUCCCAGUCCAGGGACCCCACCCCCACCCACGCCUGUCUCUGUCAAGGUCAACAAGAUCCCCAAGAACCGACGAACAAUAGCACCCCCUAAGAACGACAAUCCGUCCAGAGAUAACAGAGUGGUGUCGACCCGGGCCAGACCAGCUCCACCCCAGCAGCCGGAGCCAGCCCCCCCUCCACCCCCCCAGCAGCCGGCUCCACCCACCCAGGCUCAGACUGCCCAGCAGUUAGCCAACGCAAGGAGGAAGUCCAACUGUGUGAAGGAAGUGGAGAAACUGCAGGAAAAGAGGGAGAGGCGACGUAUACAGCAACAGGAGCUGAGAGAGAGGAAAGCACAGGAGGUGGACACCACUGUCCCUAACUAUGAGAUCCUGUAUAUGAUCAGAGACUUCCGUGCCAGUCUUGACUACCGGCCGCUGUCCACCGCAGACCUGAUUGAAGAGCAUAGAAUAUGUGUUUGUGUGAGGAAACGACCACUAAACAAGAAAGAGUUGAGUAUAAGGGACCUGGAUGUGAUCACCAUCCCCAGCAAGGAUGUGGUAAUGGUCCAUGAACCCAAACAGAAGGUAGAUUUGACACGCUACCUGGAGAACCAGACCUUCCGCUUUGACUACGCCUUUGAUGACAGCACCACUAAUGAAAUGGUUUACAGGUUUACUGCCAGGCCCCUGGUGGAGACUAUUUUUGAAAGGGGCAUGGCCACAUGCUUUGCCUAUGGACAGACUGGUAGUGGCAAAACACAUACAAUGGGUGGAGAUUUUUCUGGAAAGAGCCAAGACUGUUCUAAAGGAAUCUAUGCAUUAGCUGCACGGGAUGUAUUUGUCAUGCUGAAGAAACCCUGUUACAAAAAAUUAGAUCUUCAGGUGUACUCAACCUUCUUCGAAAUCUACAGUGGAAAGGUGUUUGACCUGCUGAACGGUAAGGCCAAGCUGCGGGUGCUGGAGGACGGGAAGCAGCAGGUCCAGGUGGUGGGGCUGCAGGAGAGAGAUGUCAGAUGCACAGAGGACGUCCUCAAACUAAUAGAAGUGGGAAACAGCUGCAGAACGUCAGGUCAGACCUCGGCCAAUGCCCACUCGUCUCGUAGCCACGCGGUUUUCCAGAUCAUUCUGCGGAGGAAGGGGAAGAUGCACGGCAAGUUCUCUCUGAUCGACCUGGCGGGGAACGAGAGGGGGGCCGACACAUCCAGUGCUGACCGCCAGACACGCCUGGAGGGAGCAGAGAUCAACAAGAGCCUGCUGGCAUUGAAGGAGUGUAUAAGGGCGCUGGGGAGGAACAAACCACACACUCCGUUCAGGGCCAGCAAGCUUACCCAGGUCCUCCGAGACUCCUUCAUAGGGGAGAACUCCCGCACUUGCAUGAUAGCCACCAUCUCCCCUGGCAUGACGUCCUGUGAGAACACCCUCAACACGCUACGCUAUGCUAACAGAGUAAAGGAGUUUGGGAUCAGUCCCUCAGACAUCCCUUUCUCCCAGGGGGGUGGAAGUCGCUCAGAGCUCUCCCCUACCUAUGAGUACCAGGACUUUUCUACCUCUCCCAGCAGAGUGAAGGAGCUGACAGUGGAUACUAACCAGGUGAUGGAGGGGGUCCGACCCAACAUUCAAGUGGAUGAUGACUGGGAUCACCUGGGAAGCUCCCCCCAGAGAGACGACCUCAAACUGCUCUGUGAGCAGAACGAGGAAGAGGUCUCCCCGCAGCUCUUCACCUUCCACGAGGCAGUGUCUCAGAUGGUGGAGAUGGAGGAACAGGUGCUGGAGGACCACAGAGCUGUCUUCCAGGAGUCUAUCCGGUGGCUGGAGGAUGAGAAAGUUCUUCUGGAGAUGACCGAGGAGGUGGACUAUGAUGUGGAUUCAUAUGCCACUCAACUGGAGCAGAUCCUGGAUCAGAAGAUCGACAUCCUCACUGAGCUCAGGGAUAAAGUGAAGUCGUUCCGCUCAUCACUCCAGGAAGAGGAACAGGCCAGUAAGCAGAUCAAUCCCAAGAGGCAGCGUGCCCUGUAAGCCAGGGAGGGGCUGGUGUGGGCUGUGUGUAACGGGGGUCAUACAGGAACAUGGCCACUAGAUACUUGGCACAGCUGUCUCUCACUCACAGACCUGAGGAGUGCGAGACAGCUGAGGACCAAGAGGACUUGUCCGUUUUCCAGUCAGUUCCCAGGACUGGUUGUAUCUUCCUACACUCCAUGAUCAAAUGCUGGUCUUACUGUUAUCAGACGUAACAGGAAGGGAAUGCGUACUUGGAUUCCUUUUUUAAUGUUCUGAUUUUAUUUUCCAAUUUACUGUCCCUGUUCCAUUUUAUUUAUUUAAUUUUGUACCGGUUUGUGAUACCUCAAAUGCUGGUUUUGCAUUAGGGUUUUAUGACAAGUGUUUUGGAAUGUGGUAGGCCUGAAGGACAUGUAUACAUUUCCACAGUGUUUGGCCUCUCCUCCCUGCGUGGUGGGGUCUCUGCUCUGCUGGCCGUGUAGUUUUCAGCUAUACACUUUGUAGAGCCAGUCCCUUUCUUUCCUCUGAAAGAACCUGCAUGUGUGCAGGUUCUUUCCUUCAAAGACAAGUCCUUGUCCACUGUCAAUCAGUUUUGUGCCAUGUUUUGUGACAAACCCAGUCAGUGUCAUGUUAUCCUUUUCGUACUGUAAAAAGUUGUUUUACAUUUUGUAAAACAAAUGUAUAGGAACUACUGCUGGCCUACUGCUGUUUGUACCAGGCUGAAGUAAUGAAGAAUGAAUAGAUUUCACCCUUGAAUCCACUUACGGUCUGACAUUUAACUGUAGUUGUGGAAUUAGAACAUCUCAGUCUUCCCUGAGAACAAGUGAUCAACAGAUCUGAUUCAGGAUAUAGGGUUGAGUAUUAAUGAUGUCCAGUCUUCUCGGACAGUAAAACAUGAAUAUACUGUUAAAAACAAUAGGCUUUAUAUUUCUGGCUGUUGUAAGCAGCGUGAUGUUCUGUAUUCUUUGAGCCCAGAGAUAUUGUCAGGAAGGGAAACUAGGGACUCUGGUCCUGUCACUCCACACUCCAUGGGAUUAAAAUAACUACUGUAAAUAAAGACACACACGUGUUAAAUCAAACAUCUGCCAAAUAUAUUUU